ACAGUCAACGUCGGACUCAACGGUGAUCGUCACAUGAAAAGCUGUAAUUUUGAAAAUUAAACUCAAGUGAAUUUAGUGGAGAAAAAACUUGUGGGUUUGUCAAGCGACCGCUUCUGCAAUUAAAAUAGGAAUUGAGCAUUAGUUCGACGUGGAGUGUGUUAAUUAAUGGUGCUAAAACAUUCUCACUGUGAUCAAUUUUAAUCAGCAUUCCUCAUUGGACACUUUAGCAACUUUUACAUCUUUUAAUAUUUUAGAUAUUGUGAAUUUUGCCGCCAAUAAGAAACAAGUUUAAAGUGCAUUAAAAGUGCUCAAUAAAUCUAUAUUUUCAUUUAUGAUUCUGUGAAAAAGGCGGAAAAAUGGAGGCGGAACAGGAAAAGCGCGCAAAAACGCCAGAAUGGAGAGAGUUGGGCUUUCUGGAUAAGAUCCAGUACAUCUGGAGCAAUAUGACUGUGGAGCCUCUUCUGGCUCUCUACAUAAUGCCUAGUGUCCUUUCUGGUCUGGCAACGCAGAAUCUCAAUCUCGAGAAGGCGUGCCGGGUGAACCUUGACUACGGAGAUGUGAUCUGUGAUGCACUGUCGCGAAGAGAUACCGCCAAUUUUACUCAGGAGGAACAAAUGGUACAACAGAUCGUUGCGAAGAUGGCCGGAUGGAAGACGAUCCUGCAAAGUGCUCUGCCCUGUCUCUUGAUUCUCUUCUGGGGUUCCUGGAGUGAUCGACAUGGUCGCCGGAAACCCUGCAUGAUGAUCCCAAUUGUGGGAGAGCUGAUCUCUGCCCUGGGUCUCAUCCUCUGUACCUACUUCGAGUGGCUACCCAUGGAAGCCAGUGCUGUGACAGAAUCCCUGUUUCCUGGUCUCACUGGGGGCUGGUUUACGCAGAUGAUGGGAGUGUUCAGCUACAUUGCAGACAUAACGGAUGAGGAAAACAGGACACUUAGGGUUGGCAUUGUACAUCUCUGCGUGAGUCUUGGAUUUCCCCUGGGAAUGGCUCUCAGUGGAGUUUUACUUAAGUUAAUAGGAUUUUACGGAAUAUUCUCAAUAUCGGCUACAAUGUACUCAAUUGCCCUAUUCUACGGCUUCUUCUGCGUGAAAGAGCCCAGGAGGGACGUAGUGAAGGUGCCGAAGGACUCUGAGAAGAAUGCCCUGCUGGAUUUCUUCGACAAGGAAAACGUCGUAGAGACAUUCACAGUAGCUUUCAGCGGUCGCAACAGAGUCCGCGUUCUUAUGCUGAUAGUAGUUGUUAUGGUCGUCAUUGGGCCAAUGCACGGUGAAUUCUCAGUAUUCUAUCUAUUUACAAGAUACCGCUUCAAUUGGAGUGAGGUUGAAUUCAGUUUCUUCUCCACCUACGGCAUGAUAACACACUUUAUCGGCACAUCGUUCAGUGUGGGAGUCUUCUCGCGCCUCCUCAAGCUCGAUGAUGCCCUAAUUGGUGUGAUCUCUUGCAUGUCAAAGAUCCUCUCAUCCUUCGUCUACGCCUUUGCCGUAACAGAGUGGCAAUUGUACCUGGGACCUAUUGUUGAGUUCCUCAAUGGCACCAGCUUCAUUGCCAUGAGAUCCAUUGCUUCGAAGCUCGUGAAUAGUGAUCAACUGGGAAAACUAAAUUCACUCAUUGGAGUAGCUGAAGCACUUAUGCCAUUAGUUUAUGCACCAAUGUACACUAAUGUGUAUGCAGCAACCAUGAAGACUUUCCCAGGAGCUUUCUUCCUCUUGGGUGGAGCUCUAACAUUUCCUGCCGUUAUAAUCUUUUGUUCUAUGUACCGAAUGCACAAAAAUGACAAAAUUCAGAGUACGGACAAUGAGAAGCCAGACAAUGUACCUACUUCCGCUGGAGAGACUGGCAAUGAAAAGAAGUACCUCACAUUCGAUAAUCAGGGAUAUGUGAAAGAGAAACCCAUUGAUAUUGUUCGAGUGGACCAUUUGGAGCAAUCCAGGCUGUGAUAUUUAAUAUCUUUUCAUUUUUUUUUAUGUAUCAAAUUCUCGUUUUUCUGCGAUUCUAAAGGUUCCCUUUGGGAAUAAAAAGAGUUCGCAUGUAUUGAAAGAAUCUCUCUUAAUAAAAAGGCAAUUUUCAAAGUUAA